UUUUUUUGGCUCAUCAGUUUACCAUAGUUAAGUUUAAACAGAUUAGUUACAUCUGUUGUUAAUAUAAUACCCAAGUAAAGCUUUGGGACCAACGGCAGUUAAGUUUACCUGAUAAUUGCGUUGGCCAGCUUCCAUUUAACAUAAUCGCCUCUGAUUUUGACUGAUUUACCUGAUAUCCAGAGAGUUGUCCAUAUUUUUUUAAUGUAUCCAUUAGAGAAGGAAUGGAAGUGAUUGGGUCGCUAAUAUAGGCCAAUAGAUCGUCUGCAUAGAGUGACAUCUUAUGUUCUUUCUUAUUCAUGUCACUAAUGCCUUUUAUAUCUACAUUUUGACGUAUAGAUGCUGCCAGUGGUUCAAUAUUUAUAGCAAAAAGCAGAGGGCUGAGUCAAUCACCUUGCCUCACACCUCUCUGUAUGCCAAAAAACUCUGAGCAGCAACCAUUGACCCUCACUCGUGCCUUAGGAUUUUUAUAAAUUACUCUUAUCCAGUCUACAAAUUGUGAGUGGAAUCCCAUCACAGACAAAGUUUUGUAUAGAAAAUUUUAAUUUACAGUAUCAAAAGCAUUUCAAGCAUCAAAACUAAACAGAAGUCUUUUUUUGUUUUUUAGCACAGGUAAUAAUAUUUAGUGUUCUUCUGAUGUUAUUCGCUCCCUGUCUUUUGGGUAUAAACCCUGUUUGGUCCACAUUAAUUAGCUCUGUAAUGUGCUUUUGAAUUCUAUGCGUUAAAAUACUGGUCAGUAGUUUCUGAUCAUUACAAAUCAAACUAAUUGGCCUAUAUCCCUCACAUUGUGUUGGAUCCUUUCCUUCUUUAUGAAUCACUGAUAUUAUUGCCUGUGACCAUGUUUCGGGGGGGGUUGUCUUCAGAUAGAGAGUAUCUGAACACCUUUGUUAGUAUUGGAAUAAGAUCAUCGACAAAGCGUAGACAAGAACUAGCUGUUUCUUAGAAGUUCUGCCUGAAGCUUUUCCUGUUCCUCAACGUGAAUAUGGAUGCCCAGUUCAGCCAGUACUGUUGAGGCGUCGGCAAGGGUCGGGAAGGUCUUUACACCGGAAUCUAGGUGAAUUUUCAAUUUCGCAGGAUAGGGCGACUGUGCUUUUAUAUUCUCCUUCAGCUGCUUAAUCACGUCUCUGACGUCUUUGCACUUUUUCUGCACCUCAGCUGUAUAAUCCUGGUCGAAGAAUAUCUUGUAUCCAUUGUGUGUCACCCCACCUUUGUGCUUCCAUGCUUCUUGGAUGAUCAUUUCUUUGACUCGAUAGUCCAGGAACCUGAUGAUGAUGGAUCUCGGGGGGGCUAUCUGGGUCAGUAGGUUUCUGGGUCAGGGAUCGGUGAGCCCUCUCUAUAUUCAGCUCGAAUACUUUCGAUAAAGACAGCGAGCUGCGGAUGACGGUUGAUAUGAAACCGACCAUGUCGUUCUUUUCCUCGCCCUCCUGUAUGCCGUAGACUCGAAGAUCAUUCCGUCUUGCCCUUGAUUCUAAGUCCUCACAUUUAGCUGUAAGAUUAGCCUCUCGGUGUAGUAGGUAGCAGAGGGCUCGUUGGUGUCUUUGUGUUGCAUCUUCCGUAUCGCAAAGUCUCUGCUCAGCGUCUGUCAUACGGCCGUCCAAUUUGGUUGUUCUUUCCGUCACUUCUUUCAAUGCGGAUUCAACUCUUGCCAAGGCAGCUUUAGUUUCCUUAGAGGCCUCAGCAUGCUCUCUUCUCAAUGCCCGUAGCUCCUCCACCACACUCGCCAUGUUGUCUCCAUCUAAGUUUGAGCCGUCCUGGGUUUGUUUGACAGUCUUCGUUGUUUUUCUGCGUCUUUUCGAGUGUCAGACACCACAUUUACUUCUUGUGAGCAGUAUAACUGAUAUUUCUUAAAAAAUAAAGAGAUUGGCAAUUUAUUUCAAAGUUCUCCUCUGGAGCAAAAGAUUAGGCUGCCGUCUCCACCAUGGCGCCACCGGAAGUCAAGAUUAGCAUCUUUCAAUGUACAGAUAAGCCACGUCUUUUUGCACGGAAUAGUUCAACAUUUUAUGUGUGAACCAGGACAGAAUGGGUUCUCUGUUGGUGGAAUGUAAGCUUGAAACAGUCAAAGGAAUUUAAUGAGUUAUUUAUGCCUCUUUUCUAUGACCGCAUGACUACUGUGAACUUGGGCCUAGCAGGGAUAAUGGUCUCAAAAGCUGCUGGUAUUUUCUGCCUUCUGGCCUGCACACUGGCAUCUCCAGCUACAAACGCUGAGCCUGUGUAUGGUGUGAAAGGACAUAACAUCACUCUGGAACCAGAGGUGCUAAAUGUGCAUGUGAAAAGUAUUGAGUGGGCACUCAACAACACAGUCAUUGUGCAUUGGGAUGGAGACGAGUCAGACUUUCAUCGGAACCUGCUGCUGGACAGUGAAGAUUUAAGAAAGUUUCAGAAAAAUGACAGUGGCUUAUAUACAUUUGUAGUUAACCACACUGAAACAGGUGUAUCCUAUCUGCUGACUGUAAGAGAUACCAUGUUGGAACUCUGGAUUACCAAACAGUGUAACUCCACCACCUGCACUCUAAAUUGUACAGGGGUCAAUAAUGAAAACCCUCAGGUCAGCUGGACUGAUAACAAAGGUGGAAAGGAGUCUGGUCCAGUUUGGGUUGUGGAGAGGAGUGAACACCUGGAUGUGAUCUACACCUGCACCACUGUUUCAGAGAGCUGGAAGACCAAGAGCAUCUCAGAGAAAGAGUUGUUCUCAGACUCCUCAGUCUCAGGAAAAACAUCUAACCUGGGGAAAAGCAUGGGAACUCUUGUGGCUGUACUUGUAGCAGUAGCGGUUGUUGUAUUUGCAGUGUACAGGACUAAGAGAGGUCAAAUGGUCUGGCCUUGCCUGCACGGUUGUCAUCAGCAAACUAAGUGUUAAAAUAACGGAUGAGUGUGCAGAGCCCAGAGUGAAGAGGACUGGACUAGACACACAACGCUGUGCUGAUGAGGAGGGUUGAGGAUGUGGUUCCCUUUUCUGACAUUUCAUGGUCUGCUGGUGAAAAAGUUAAUUAUCUAAAACAAAUGAAUAUGCUAAUGUUCCAAUGCUAAUCCAAGGUUGAUGAUUUAAUGUACAUGGUGAAAAUGGUGACAAAAUUCUGUCCCGACAUCUGGUUUGGGUGCUUCAGGUAGGACAGGGCUUUAGUUACAGUAGUGCAACUGAUACAGCAUCCUCUGAAGAUCUGUUUCUGUAAAUGUAAUGUCAAUGUUUCAAUAAGGUAAAUGACAGUCAUGUCAUAAAGAACAAUAGAUUGCAUACACUAUUUAUAUCAAUAGUGUCAUGUCAUGAGAUAUUAAAGAUGAACCUCAAGAUGCAGUCUGAUGUCAAACUAACUUUGGACUGUUCUUAUCUGCAUCUGUUCAUCUGAUGCAUCUGAUCACAGAUAUUAGCUCUACUGUAGGAUUAGUAGAACAAAUUGUCUAAAACAAAUCAAAAUGUGCAAAUGCUGCAAGGUAAUGACAGACAACCAGUGCGAAACAAGUUUGACUUAAAAUGUUUAAAAACUUAGAAGCUUAGAAUUGAAAUGUGUAUUCUUAAAUUAUUUAUAUUAUUAUAAAUUAUUUAUAGUUUUAUUAUAAAUUAUUUUUGCUAGAAUAACCUGUUAUGAUUUUGUGUGUUUUGAGUGAGUGUUUUAUGAGUGUUUUGCUCAGACCUAAGGAAUAUUGAAACAUAAAAUGUGUUUGCUUAGAUAUACUGUAAAAAGGUUGUGUUAAGAGUGUUAUGCUAAAUGAAAUAUGCUUUGAAUGGAAUAUAAGAAGAAACUUUGUCAGCAAAACAAAAGCUGACUGGCAACUAGAAAAACAAAAAAAGCAGAACCAUUACUUCAUGGCAAGACCGAAUACCAAACUAGGACAUGUUCUGCCUGAUGAGAGGGGUAUAAAUAGAGAAUGGCCCCUUCAUCAGGGUUCUUUUCCUUUUCCUUUUUCUUUGGUUUGAGCCGCAGAGACUUAGACACAUUUUUCUUUCUUUGUAUUUGUUAUUUGUAUUCAAUAAAAGUCAAAAUCCUAACCUUUGGUUAGGGGUUUGUAAAAAGACCA